UACAUACAUACAUACAUACAAAUACAUAAGUAUUGUAUACAUGUAUGCACGCAAAAGAGUUAAAAAUAAAUUUGAAGAUUUGGCAGGAAAUUUGUGGAUAGCAUUGUUUACUAUUCUGUAUUAAACGACGCAGACGCAAAAGCCAUGUGCAAGCAGCCAUAAAUACAAAUCUUCAAUUCCUAAUUGAAAAAGCAGAGCCAAUUCAAUGGAUGUUUAGCACAAGGCCAAUAUCUGCGAGGGAGAAGAGUGGUCGAAGAUCCAGAGAAUAGUUUAGGAAAUCAAUUAAGAAACAAAAGAACAAAAAGAGAGCGGAAAACAAGAAGAAGAAAGAAGAAAUCAAACUAAACUGCCCAAAAUGUUAAGCUCGACAAAAAUGGUAUAUAGCUAUAGAAUUUUAUGGCUUUCCGGCAUUUUACUAGCACCCAUCUUGCUGCUAGUAACCAUUGCUAAGGCCCAAGAACCAGCCAGUCCAGUAUUUCAAAAUCAUAAAACAAAGGAAUGGACGAAUUUAGAUAAUAUAACAUUCUCCUUUGAUUGUAAGCGGCGUUCAGUGGGUUUCUAUGCCGAUAUGGAGUACAAUUGCCAGAUAUUUCAUAUGUGCGAUGAGGAGGGGAAUCGUAUACCACAUUUAUGUGCCAACGAAACGAGUUUCAAUCAAGAAUACAGAAUCUGUGAUUGGGAUUACAAUUUUAAUUGUACAGAAUCACCGAAAUGGUUCUAUCUAAAUGAACUAACUUAUGCCACAGAUCCGCCAGAUGAAGAUGAUGAAGACUACUAAAAAAAUAAGGAAAAAU